AUGUCAGAGAUGACUAAUGAACAAGAUAUAAAUUGUACUCAACAUCACAGAUUUGGUCGUUUUUUUAAUCGUGAAGAUUUUAAUCGUUUAUCAACCGUACGAGAGGAUUCGAUUGAAAUUAAUUCCGUAUUUAAUGACAAUAAAAAUGAAAAUAGUCUUGAUAUAAGUGAAGAGGAGGAUGAAGACAAAUCAUUUUUAUCAUUAGGUGAUUAUGAUAUCAUUGAAAUGCCAGAGGAUGAUGAUGAUAAUAACCACCACCAUCGAUUACAACAGGAACAUGUCUUAAAUGAAACAUCGCUGAGUGUAAUGACAACGGCCGAUCUUCUAAGAGAACGCAUUGCAUUUAUUACGGGUGGUGCAACUCAUAAUUGUCCAAUAAUUACAUUUCCAGACAAUCCUAAUAUCGAUAUAUCACAAGAAAAAUAUAAAAAAGUUAUUACAUAUUUAACACAAGUGCCAAGUGAAAAUGAACGUCAAUUGGGCUUUGUUAUCGUUGUUGAUCGACGUUCAGACAAAUGGACUUCUGUUAAAACUAUAAUUAACUAUAUUGAAGAUUAUUUUCCUUAUUCGAUUCAUGUUAUCUAUCUAUUACGUCCAAACGGUAUAUUUCAACGUGCUCUAUCGAAAUUAACGUUUAAUGAAACAACAUGUUCACAUAAAGUUAUUGUGUGCCGUUCGUUAGCCGAAUUACAUGAUUAUCUUGAUUCAAGUCAAUUAUCGAAAGAUCUAGGCGGACAAAUUGAUUUUAGAUUAUUUGAAUGGAUCGAACAACGAGCAGCUAUAGAAAAAUUGACAAAAGCAAUAUACGAUUUAAAUUCAUCAUUAUCAACAUUCAUACGAGAAAGUGAAGAAUGUGAAUUUCCAAAUGAUGUAGAUGGUACAAAACUUAUUAUUGCAAAACAUUCAUCAGAAAAACAAGAUUUAGAACAAGAAUUAGACAAUACAAAAUGUUAUGGAGAAUCUCUUUUACGAAUUAUACAACAUAGUCAAGAUUCAUCGACAUCAUCCAUAUUGGCACCAGAUAAAGUAGCACAUAGCAAAGGAGUAUGCAAUGCUCUGAUGCAUAUUGAAAAUAGUGACAAAGUAUUGAAAGAAUUUUGGUCUGUCCAUCAACCGCGAUUGUUAAGAUGUUUUGAAUUACGACGAUUUGAAACAAGAUUUAAAGAGAUUCAAGGUCUAUUUACUCAAUUAUUGGAUGAUUUAAGCAUAUUACCAAAUAGUGAUCGUUCUAUUGUUGAAAUAGAUAAUAUAUUAACUCAACUUGACAUCUUGACAGACCGUGCUCAGUCUGUUAUGGAACAAGCAACAAGCCUCAGAAAUGAUGGCCUUAAUUUGAUAACAAAACAACAAAGUUAUGGUCUCGAUUCAAUCGAACCAAAAUGUCAAGAAUUAGAAACAAUUAAAUUAAAAUUAAAUGAACAGAUUCAAGAGAAACGACAAAAUCUAUUAUUGUUAAGAAGUUACAAUGAUAAACUAGAAUUGGUUAACUACUGGUGUAGUAAAGGCAAAGAUAUGUUAAAUAUGCAUCAAAUUCAUUUAUCAAAUGAAAAAGCAGCAAAAUCAUUGAAUGAAUUAGAAGAUUUUUUAAAAGAAUUAAAAUCGAUUAAUAUUGAUGAUUUACAAAAUUCAAAUAUACCAGAGCCAUUAAGAGUAGGUUCGAUGAUACGUCAAGUGUUAAGUCGUGUUAAUGAUGUAAUGGAUUUGUGUGAGAAACGUUGCGAACAAUUACGUAAAUUAGCUCAACCGAUCAACAGGCCAGUGCAACGAGUACAACCAUUAACAUUGGAAACAUCAUUGUCCUUGAAUUUGAUAUCAUCAUUGUCAGCGAAUAGUACAGACACAGAAUCCAUUGAAUGUAUCAAUAUGAAAAUAGAUAGAAAACAAAGACACGUUGUUAGAGAAUUACUAGUGACUGAACAAGUUUACGUUGACGAAUUAAAAACAAUAAUUGAGAAAUCAAAUUUUAAACUAUACGAACAAUAUUGUCAAAAUAAACCGAAUUCAGAAAAAAUAUGGGAAAAUUAUUGUUCAUCACAUCCAUUUUUUCUCAAAAUUCAACAAAGUCUUGGUCAUCGUUUACCGCUUGAUUCUUAUUUAUUAAAACCCAUUCAACGUAUAACGCAAUAUCAACUUUUACUCAAAGAGAUGAUCAAAUAUACGAGAGAUGAAAAUGAUAAAAAUCGUCUACAGGAUGCAUUAAGUGUGAUGUUGAAUAUAUUGGCUAAUUUAAAUAAUGUCAUGCAUACAAUGCUUAUAUCUGGCUAUCCGGGAAAUUUAAACUCAUUGGGUAAAAUAUUAUUACGUGGUGAACAUUUUCAAAUAUUAAAAGAAAAACGUCGUAGUAGUACAUCAUAUUUAAGAACGAAAACGUGUGUUCGUGAUAUAUUUUUAUAUGAUAAAGAAAUAUUAUUUUGUAAAAAGAAAAAUGAUGGUCAUAGUAGAUCGGUAUAUCAAUUUAAAGAAUCAAUUAAAGUAUCGGAUGUUAGUUUAUCAACACAUUACAAAGGCGAUAGAAGAAAAUUUGAAUUAAUUCUAAAAGAUUGGUCCUAUGUUAUACAACCAUCCGUCGAUGACGACAGUACAAGAUGGAUUGAAACAGUUAAAAAACUUGUAUCACAUCAAAUUGAACAGAAACGUGCGGAAAUGAAAACACGUUCAGCAUCAUUAGAUCAUGGAUCACAUUUAAGACGUCAAACUCAUGUGAGACAGAUGGAAUCAGAUGAUGAAAAUAUGCACGAUCAUUCUAUAUCUGACGAGAGUGAUUCAGAACUACCAACCAAACAUUAUUAUUCGCGAAAAAAUUCCUCAAGUGGUGGUAGUUCAUCGAAUGCAAGCAGUACAGGAUCAGCAAAACUCUAUAGUAAAUUAACGACAUCAAAAUCAAACUCUACGAGUUUAUAA